GUCUGGCUCGCUCGCUUGAUUUGUUAGGAGCUCCCAUAGUUUGACAAUGUUUGACAAUUCCCAAUAUCCUUACAACUGCUUUAACUACGAUGGAGAUGAUUACCCGCCCUGCAGUUCUGACGAGGAGAAGAAGAUAUGUAGACCUGCCUACAGUUAUAUCGCCCUCAUUGCUAUGGCCAUCCAGCAGAGCCCCGGCCACAGACUCACCCUGUCCGGCAUCUAUGAGUUUAUCAUGGCAACAUUCCCCUACUACAGAGCGAACCAGAGAGCCUGGCAAAACUCAAUCCGGCAUAACCUGUCCCUGAACAGCUGCUUUGUCAAGGUGCCAAGGUCGGAAGGAAACGAAAAAGGCAAAGGGAAUUUUUGGACCUUUGCUUCAGGUUGCGAAUCGAUGCUGGAUCUUUUUGAGAACGGCAAUUACCGGCGGCGGAGGAGAAGGAGGAAGGCGGCGCCAGGCAAACGCUUGCCGAGAUAUCAGUGUGACAGUGGGGGAGAGCUGCAGUCUCCCGGGCAAGGGCCAGCGGGGAAAUUACUCCAACAGGACAUACCCCAACUUCCCCACAAAACCGAGUCUGAGAUCAAAUUCAGCAUCGACUACAUUCUGUCUACCCCGGACCGUUUCCCUGCGCUUCGAACCCAGCAAAGUAACAGACUGCUGCUGCUAGAAGACCACCAACAAGAAGUCAAUCUGCACUUCUGGACAAAGUGAACUCCUGUCGCUCUAGGGAAGGAAAAGUCGCUCCCUGAGCGAAGAGCUAGCCCUUGGCGUCCAAGACUGAGGAGGGAUCAGGCCGUUAUUGUACGGGACCCCUUGCCUCUUCCGUAUCCAACGUCCAGUUGUAAUGUGAAACAUUAUGUAUGUGUGGGUGUGUGUGUGUCAGUUCCUCGGCCAGGUAUUUUAAACCCCAAGUCCGAACUCCAGCCAGCCCUACCAUUCCAAUCAUUAAGCCCCCAGGGAGGGUUCAAAAAGCAUGCUAAAUAAAU